AUGGAUGAUUGGAUCAGCAGUAGCAAACUCAUACAGAGGCUGGAUUUUUCCAGAUGUGGAGAAGACAGUGAGUUGGAAGAGGAUAAUAGCUUAAGGGUGGAAGAUAUGAAGCAGGUCACUCCACAGAAAAAUUGUGAGUUUCAGAACUGGAGAACGAAUUGUCCUGUCCCAGUGACCCCACAGAGACAAUUGAAUGAUUGCUCUCCGGCACGCCAAACUUCUUGGGUGAAUCCUAUCAGGGAAUGUAGGGGAUCUUUGAGAAAGAAAACUGUCCCUUUGGAAGAUUAUCCUGGAACUCCUUUGCAUUAUGUCACUUGGCAGAAGCUGCAACUCUGUGAUACCCCGAAUACUCCAAAGAGUCUGUUAAGUAAGACAGCUUUCCCUUCACCUGUGGGAAAAUUUCCCUCCAAGGAGAUGAGGAACUUGCGAUUCGCUUCUUGUCCUGAUCCAUAUGAGGCUCCUCCAGCUUCUUUGGUUAAUAUUAAUCCAUUUACACCUGAAUCAUAUCGACAGAUGGUCUUCCAUCCCAGUGGCAAGAGGAAAGCCAGAGGGGAGUCAGAGGAUCCCAAGCAAAAAGAUGGACCAAUGGAGCUGGAAUUGCCUGCCAAGAGAUUCCUCUUGCGUGAGAGCAACAUGGUUUCCCGCUACAAGAAGGAGUUCCUAGAGCUGGAGAAGAUUGGUGUGGGGGAAUUUGGUUCUGUUUAUAAGUGCAUCAAAAGACUGGAUGGGUGUGUCUAUGCCAUCAAACGCUCAAAGAAACCCCUUGCUGGGUCCUCAGAUGAGCAGAUGGCUUUGCGGGAAGUCUAUGCCCAUGCAGUACUUGGCCAUCAUCCCCACGUCGUCCGCUACUACUCUGCUUGGGCAGAAGAUGAUCACAUGAUCAUACAGAAUGAGCACUGCAAUGGUGGGAGCCUUCAGGAUGUGAUUUUGGAAAAUUCAAAGACAGCAGAUUAUUUCAAAGAAUCUGAGCUGAAGGAAAUCUUGUUGCAAGUCUCCAUGGGGCUGAAAUACAUCCACACUUCUGGCCUGGUUCAUAUGGAUAUUAAACCCAGCAACAUUUUUAUAUGCCACAGCCUGCCUGGGUCUGCUGGUCAAGAGGAGAGUGACGGCGAGGAUGAUGGGGUUGCUGCCUCAAAUGUGAUAUAUAAAAUUGGGGAUCUUGGACAUGUGACAUCCAUAACCAAUCCACAAGUAGAGGAGGGAGAUUGCUGCUUUUUGGCCAAUGAAGUCUUGCAAGAGCAAUAUUGCUAUCUGCCCAAGGCAGACAUCUUUGCUCUUGCCUUAACUAUUGCUCUGGCGGCAGGUGCUGGUCCAUUGCCUGCCAAUGACACCCCGUGGCACCACAUCCGCAGAGGCAAUCUUCCACGUAUCCCUCAGCAACUGUCGUGUGACUUUACAGAACUGCUCAAGCUUAUGAUUCAUCCCGAUCCAGUAUUGAGGCCAUCAGCUGCUGCACUAACCAAGCACCCUGUCCUCCGACCAUCUCUUGGCAAGGCUGCCCAGCUUCAGAAACAGCUCAACGUGGAGAAAUUCAAAACUGCUAUGCUGGAAAGAGAGCUGAGAGCAGCCCGGAUUGCCCAAGCCUUUCGAAAGGAUCCAUCUUUAGAACGGACCAGAGCACAAGAAUCUGGAAUCAGUUUAAGGCACCAGAACAUCAAGAAGCGUCUGGUGGGAGGGAAAAAUUCCCGAUCCUUUAGUUUUACUGCCAGUGGCUAUCGAGGGCCAGGCUAUGCUAGUUACUCAAAUAACUAAAAUAUAUCUCAGUGUGAAAAGUGCCCAUUUGGUUUAGAAAGUCAUAUUUUUACCUAAUACAUCAUGACUUCAAGAAUCAUGGUGCUGUUUGGAUCUUUCACUGUUGAGAACAAUGUAUUCUAUUACGCUACAGUGCAAACCACCUUAGUCCUCUCUGAACUUCUCUUUUGCCUUCUAAACCUAACAGCCAUAACUCAUAGACCCAAUCAAACACAGAGUUCAGAAGAGGUUCAUGGCAACAACUUUAAGCAUAACAAUUCUUCAGUCUGAACUUCCUUAACUUUGAUGCUCUCCAAGUGCAUUGGAUUAUCGGUCUCACGAUUCUGGGAGUUAUAUUCCAUGUAUCAGGAGGGUGUCAAGCUUCAUUUAAAUUGAUUAGCAUAUUUUCUCCCUUGGAUUUUCUGAACAGGCCAUGGCUUUCUUUGUUUAGGUUUUAUAGUCAUUCAUUUUAAAGAACUCUCUAUCCUGCUGUGGUUUUUUUUAAAGUCAGAAAUCACCAUUUGCAGAGUGUUUAAAGGGAUAACUUCUUAGACAACAGUGGGUAACCGGUAUUCUUGUAGUUGGUGAAAAUUAAGAAGCCAGGGAUCCACUCUGGGAUUCUGUUCCCAAAACAAAGAACACAACUUGAGCAAAAUAUAUUAUAUGUAACAGGCUAAGAGAAUGAAAUUUAAUAAAGUACAGAAGUUCAGGAAAAUAUAUUUCCAAAUCAGAUGAUAUCUCUUUCCAUGUGCAAUAGCAGGGAGGCUAAGCAUGUUUUGUUCAUAAACAGGGUGUCUGCUUUAUUCUCAAUGAGUGACAGAUAUAC